AGAUUAAAUGUGUAAUAAAGAAAACCUCAACUGCCUUCCGGCGAUUAGAUUCCUUAUGCGAGUAUUCUUUUGGACCGUAUACAAUAAGAAUUUUGUCUGUGGACUAACCAAAACUUUUGUCUUAGCAUAAAUUAAUACACUACGAGACAAAAACAUUCCCUUCUGAUCUACGAAGUACUGUAUGUACUUAGUAAAUCAUUAAGCAAUAAAUUACUUUCAUUAAGGUGUAUAGAGCUCAAACCGGGUUAAAAUGAAAGACCCGCUCUAUACGGGUCGGGUCCAACACCUAACAAGAAAAGGAGCGGAGGAACCAAACCAUGACGUGUAAAACUAUGAUUGGCUAACGACAACUUCUCUUCCUUGCUACUCUUUCUCUAAUUAACACUCUCUUCGUUCAAUCAAAAUCGAUUCUUGACGUUCUGGAUCGGAAAAAGUCACCUCCUUUUAGGGUUCUCCGAAGUCAAAAAAGUCAUUUUCUCAUCACUGUUCCAAAGAUUUUCUCUUUUUCACUUUCUCUCUUAUAAGUAAACCUUACUCACUCACGUGAUCUCCAGUGAGUGAGCAACUUGAUUAUUUCUCUACAACAUUUUCUUAAAACAAUGUGUUGUAAAUGCAGCUAGGGUUUGUCGGAAUCGGUGCGUACAAUUACAAUAUCUUGGAAUUGGGUUUAAGGGCUUUUGGGAAAUCGCAAUUCUUCUUAGUCGCGAUCGAAAAGUCGGAGACUUUUAGGACAAUGUCGGCCUCCGACAGAGAGUUCCGUUCAGUUCUCGUUCCCGCCGGUAACAAGCUGCAGCAGAAACCGGUGAAGAAGACCGCUAGUAAAUCGAAAGACCUAACCUUUACGGCGUCUCCGGCGAAGAAGAGUUCGUCUCCUCUGAGGAGGAACGGUGUCUCAAUGAACGCAUCGUACUCGUCGGAGGCGUCGUCUUCGUGCGAGUCGUCUCCGUUGAGUAUGGCGUCUACUUCUAGCGGGAAGAGGCGUAGUGGGUCGAACACUUGGAGUUCACUGAGAGAUGAAAAGGAGACAGGUGAUUGCUUCUCUGAUGGUCGUAGAAGAUGCGCUUGGAUCACUCCCAAAUCUGACCAAUGUUACAUUGCUUUCCACGAUGAAGAGUGGGGAGUUCCUGUCCAUGAUGACAAGAAACUUUUCGAGCUAUUAAGCCUCUCUGGUGCUCUUGCGGAACUGUCCUGGAAAGACAUUCUUUCCAAAAGACAAUCAUUCAGGGAAGUAUUCUUGGACUUUGAUCCAAUUGCCAUAUCUGAACUAACUAACAAAAAGAUAACAUCCCCUGACUCAUUACUAUCAGAGCAAAAGCUACGCUCAAUCCUCGAGAAUGCAAACCAAGUUCGCAAGAUAAUAGUUGAGUUUGGAUCAUUUGGCAAGUACAUUUGGAACUUCGUUAACCAGAAGCCUACUCAGAGCCAGUUCCGGUACUCUCGCCAAGUCCCUGUGAAGACUUCCAAAGCUGAGUUGAUAAGCAAAGACCUUGUCCGCAGAGGCUUCCGCAGUGUUAGUCCUACGGUUAUCUACUCCUUCAUGCAAACAGCCGGUCUCACUAACGACCAUCUCACUAGCUGCUUCAGACACCAAGAAUGCAUUUCCAAGGACGAGACCAGUUAGUAAAGGAAACCCAAUAACGUCCGAGAGAGAGAGAGAGAGAUGGUAGUUUAACACUCUGAUGCUUAGUUUGUUAUUCUCUGUUAUAUGUUUGUAUUUGUACAGAUGUUUUUAUUGUCAAAACUAGAUGAAGUUGCUAGGCUGAGUUUAUUGGAGAUUGCAUUGAAACGAUUACAUGUUAAGCAAUGGAUGUAUAAUCUACUUUCUCUCA